UAUAACUUCUAUUUUAUCUAUCAUAUAUUAUUUUUAAUUAAUUACAAUGUAAAUGGAAACACACAGUGAUGUAUUUAAAAAACUCGGUACGCAUGUGACAUGUGCGUUACAAGAAGUUGGCGCUCAACUCAAAUUUCACGCAAAACAGGCUACAAAUGAACUUGUUUCAAAUUUUGAUAAUUUAAAAACACCGUUUUGUGGCAGAUUAACCAACGAAAUCAACUGUUCGCUGUUUCAGGAGCCCAACUCCAACACAUUGAGACAAACUCAAGUGAAAACAUCUGGAAACUAUAAAUUCGGGUUUGAAGUGAAUUUACUUCCACAAGAUUUAGGAGUUUUAUCUGUUUCAGUAACAGGUGUGGAUGUAUCCUUGUGUGAUUUCACAUGGAGACGGGUCCUAUACUCGUAUGAGUGGCAUUUGGACCAUGUUUCUGGUCCUACGUAUAAGCUCACAGCUGAUGAUGUGGGCACAACAAUCGCCGUAAAGUGUAGUUUAAGAGGGUCUGAUGAAGAAGCUGAGGCUGAAGUGGGUCCAAUAGAUAUUGAUGUGAGAUCUAAGAGGUUGAUACAGGAGUCACUUAUAAAUAACACAUCAAGACAUCAGCUUUACCUGGUUGACGUGAACUCUGAAAAGGUAUCCGCAGGCUCAGACUAUAGACAUUUUGUACUUUAUUUGCUUGAGGAGGAGUUGGUGCUUAAGCCAGAGGAUAAUUUAGCUUUUAAUUUUAGAACCAAGUGCAGAUUUGGAACAGAUUACCCAAGGGUAACCUUAGAUUUUGAGGAUGAACUUAAGUUUUACGUUGAAUUUGAUCAAAGUUUGAAAUACUCACUAAGGGUGUAUAACAAGAGUCAAAGAGACUCUGUGGUCUUGAUGAUUAGAGUGUUUCACAGUAGAGUGCUACUAAACAAUUGCUUUGAAAACAAUCAAACUGAGCUAACAAGAGAUGGGAGACUGGACCUAAUAGUAAACAAGAAAACCUUUAGCUUAAAUUCUCUGAUUCAGCGACAGUCGGUGGAUUUGUCGAAUUUAAUUUUGGAAAACUCAAGACUUGAACGCGAACUCGAAAGAUCAAAACAAGAAAAAAGCUUUCUAGAGCUUGAAAUGAAGAACACAAUUCAAGUGUUCCAGGAGCAAAUCGCAGAAGAAUCCCUUAAGUCUGGUUCAGAAUCUUCUAGAAUGAAGGUGCACGAAGAUACUUCCAGACAUCCUGGAACCAGCAAACUUAUUUCAAGACAAACCACUUCAGCUUCCGGAUUUUCGGAUCCUGAAACAAGUAAUAAUGAAAAUCAAGGAUUAUAUAUGGAACUGUUCAGCAGGAACGCAUCAUUAAACGAGAAACUAAGCUUGUUGACAAAGGAAAAUGCAAGUUUACAUGAUCAAUUAAAUAAUCAAGUUGCUGAGAAGAAUCGGCUUGAAAAACAAUCUAAAUGUGUUCUGAAAGAUUACGAAAAAAUGAUCUCGGAAAAUGAACAACUGAGAACCAAGAUGGGGGAGCUCAGAUCAAAAAUUAAAAAGUUAUCGCUAUUAAAUUCAGAUUAUGACGGUUAA